AUGUCUGUAACAUCUUCACCAAUACAAGCACGAGAUUCGCUGGACCUUUUUCGCACUCAAAAACGAUUGGAAGAUGUGAGGGAGGAGGACGACUUUCCAUCACGGCAUAUCUGUUCAUUUGAUGACUACCGUUGCGUCGACAUCCCUGCCUCGCUAGACUCAGCGCAUCCUGUCCUACCCACUCAAACGUAUUCCUUGGCCGACCAGGAUGCCUGGUCAGCGCCCGUGGACGAUGGCCAACACAGCACCAAGAGACACAGAUCGUUCGACAGACCACGCUACAGCGUAACUCACGACUUCGCCUCACGUUUUGGUUCUUUAUCAAGACGAUGGAGGAACCGAUCUGCUGCUGGUCCCCCAUUGUCGAUCAUCACAAAUAUCACACCCAUUACAUCACCACGUUCCAGCCUCGAUACAUCCAACAAUUACCAUAGUCGCUCGACAAGUUUGACAUCAAACGCACACGACAUCUACUCACCCGUCUCAAUGAAUUCAAUUGGCGAUGAUUCCAUUCCAGAGUCCGAAGUUGUGCCCAUCUUCAUCGAUCAUCGUUCGCACAUCCAGGAGGAACCAGAAGAAGAGCAAGGCAUGGCGACCACACCUCUACUACCACCGACAAUGUUGCACCUAACUAAAAACGAAAGUCCAAUCCAAUCACCUCUUCAAUCUCCUUCUAUUGCACCGACGACCUACGCCACAACCUGUCGGCUCUCCAUGGAGGCUCAGCCAUUCUCUUAUCUUCCAUCACCACCACUUUCGACUCGUCCUUCUAUGACCUCGAUGCCAAGGUCCAGAGCCAAUACUGCUGGUGGUGAGAUUCCAAUGUUGCAACAGCUGGGGGACAGCUCAGAUCCGUGGACGAUGAAACUUGGCCAUGCAGACUUCAACAUCCGUCCGGAACCGUAUCAAUGUAACAUUAUCGAUUUAGACAACUACAGGGAGUUCAGAGAGAAUUGGGACGAAGCUCGGAGACAGUAUGCACAACACUUGGCCAGAACUGUGGAGCAUUAUGGCGAAACGUCGAAGGUGUACAAACUGACUGAAGAAAAAUGGAACUCGAUCGAUCAGCAAUGGAAGAAGUAUUACGAACAGCUCAGGCUAGCACUCUCACCCCAGCUUGCCAGGUUAAGCGAUGGCCCUGCUACACCAGAUUCUCCAGUCUCGCUUCUGGACAAACCUGUCAAUCGUGUUGUGGUACCUUCCUUGGACAAAGGUGGCAAGUUCCCUGAGCUUGGAGAUACCGAUAUUGUCGGACCACUGACAGUUGGAGUGGCCAAAGUGCCUGAAUUGCAACGGGGCAAUCUUACGCCUCCUUGUUCACCGAGAAAGCGCAACUUCAUCAAAACACUUGGUGAGCUUUUCACUCGACACUGA